AUGACGCAACCUGUCGAACCGCAGAGCUUCGCUUCCGGUCUUGAGAGCUUCGGUUCCAUUGACUGGGACGCCGAGUACGACGAGCUCGUCGCAGCCGAUGAUACCACAUCUGCGCAGUCCGAGCCCGAGCAGCUCCAGCCAGAGGGCCCGGAAGCCAUCAACACGGCGCCGCUGGUCGAAGAACCCACAUCUGACCUCCCUUACCCCGACAACACCACAUACGCCGACCAUACUCCCUUCACCAUGGCCGAGUCUCCCGACCAGACCGUCACCACAGACACAAUGUCCAGUGAACACGAACACCUUCCCGAUCAGUACGGCAACGAGACGCCGACAGUGUCGGACAGUACCCCAGCGGUCAACUUCGUCCAGCAGCCAGGUUCGUUCGCCGCCUGGACGCACCCUGGCUGGUGCUGGAACGAGUCGCCGUCAUGUUACGAAUGGACGGCCACGUCCCCCGAAGUGAGCGCAUGGGCGAUGUCGCCUGGCAUCUGGAGCGACGCCAACUGGAUCAUCGGCGCCGCUCGCCAGGGCGACGAUUACGCCCACGACGACAUCCCGCGCAUCGCCAGCCUUCUUCAACGUGCCUUCGACUACACGUAUGACGUGUCGGGGUACGCUGGUGUCUGCUUCCCCGCGCUGGCCCGUGGAUUCAAGGCGGUGCCUCGCCGCGGCACCGGCGAUCUUCCCCGCGAGCAGUACCAGAACAGAGGGGCGAAGGGGCUGAGGCGGGAUCGGAGAGGCCCAUCUCUAGAGGAGGAAUAUGUCCCCAUGGGGGAGACCUCCAAGAUGCAACUGGGCGUCUAUUUCCCUCGGCCCUCCCGCCUCUCCGAUGUGUGGACGGCGGAAAACGAGGACGAUGAGGACGAGAAGGAGCAGGAGGAGAUGGGGGAGGAAGAGGAGAUGGAGGCGGAGGAGAUGGAGGCGGAGGCGGAGGCAGAGCUUGUGGAGAGCUCCGAGGAGGGGCGGGCCUGCCUUGACGGCAGAAGCUGCGAGGAGACGGAAGGCGCAACGCCCAGUGCGGCGUCGGAGGAGUCAUCGAUCAACAGUGACAACAGCAGCUGCAGCAGCAGCGACAGUGAUGACGACCACUACAACAGCUCAAUCUCGGACGCCAUCGACGAAGACGAGAUCCCUGCUAUCCCCUCCAGGCCCGCCAUCCUCAUGCCGACGUCACCCCACACUCCUGUGCGCCCCUGCAGCGAUCUUCCACAAGAUCAAAACCCCAGCCCGAAGCUCACGAGCCCCGGCUCUCCGCGCCACCUGGCAGAUAACGAUGUGGCGCCACAGCUAAGCCCGGCGCUUGCACUCGCAGACAUGAAUGUCGGAAAAAAGCUGGCUCCGCCGAAGUCAUUGUACCAGAGCUUCGUUGAGAAGAGCGGCAAUAGGUCGACAGGCGAGACAGAGGGGAGGAACCAGGAUCCUGAUGAAAACCACACAGGUUUCUGGACAAACACUGCCGCUGCCGCCAUCGCUAUCGUUGGUGGUAUGACGGUGCUCUUGGGCUGA